AUCCGUCGUGAGUUUUGCCCAAGCACCGGGUAGGUAGAUCACCUCUCGUAUCACGUGCUGAUAAAGAAACGUCGUCGAAACUGCAUCAUCAUAUUAGCUCCAGCCCUGCUUGAAGCUGACCUUGUCUUUGCGCAUCAAUCGUUUGGAUAGUCGCUUGCUACUAGAUGUGCCGAAUACACUGGCGCGGACCUAGAAAAGCAAGAUGAAGCUACGUCAAUCAUUUCACGACAUUCAAUAAUAAGUCCCGUCACAACACCACCACAAUGGAAGGCUCCUCGCGCAAGGCUUUCGCGCCUCCCCAGCUCAACAAGAACACCGCUGCCGACUUCUCUUCGUCUGCCUCCGAGUCCGAAGACGACUACCUAGCGCCCAACGCGAACGUGGAUGAUGGCGACUUUGGCGACUUCAACCCGCGCAAACGACGGAAGUUGCAGGGAAAUAACAAGGAGCGAGCUGCGCUUGGCGUCUUUGGGUCCGACAGCGAAGACGAUGGCCCAGGAAGGAAGUGGAAGAGCAGGAGUCUUCGGGGGAAGGGGGUAAGCUUUGUGUCGACGGCAAAGGACCCCGAGAUUGAAGAAGAUGACGAUACGCCCAUGUUGGGACUCGGCAGGGAGACCGACAACGAGGACGACCAAGAAGAGGACGACGAGUCCGGCGCAGGGCUGGGAAUGCGUUUCCGCGGUGGUCUGAAUGGGUUUAAAAAGGGGGAAAACGGAGAUUUCUCGAAGAACAGUACCCCCGAAGCAGAUGCGCCGCGACCGACAUUCCAAGCCUUCGUUCCGUCGUCCGCGCGAGAACCAGUCCUUAAGCCGUCCGCAGCGAGAAACGCAACUCCGCCCCGGAAUAAAGCUCAGGUCAGCUCCUUUGGAGCGAAGGGGAAAAGCAAAGGAUUGGGAUUUGGUGCAAAGAUGCUAGCGAAGAUGGGUUAUGUCGAAGGUCAAGGUCUUGGAAAGGAAGGCGAAGGCCGUAAUGUCAUCAUCGAGGCUAACCUCCGGCCCCAAGGUGUCGGCCUGGGCGCUGUCAAAGAGAAGGGCGAGGCCGAGCGCCAAGAGGAAAAACGACAAGCGCGUCUGCGUGGAGAAGUCGUAGUUGACUCGGACGAGGAGGAAAGGAAGCGCAAGAGAAGGGCAAAGAAGACGAAAUCGCUGGCCGGGGCCUUUGACAGCGCGACAAGCACGCCCAAGCGCCAAAAGCCCAAAUACCUCACGGCUGAAGAGCUGAGGGCCUCAGCUCCCGGCCUCAACAUCCCUGAUGCAUUCACCCCUAUAUUGGAUAUGACUGGGCCAGGAGGCAAGAUGCUUACGUCCACCAGCGGCAUCAUGACGCCGACUUCUGGUGUUCCUGAGUCAACUGAAAUCAUUGAAGCCAGAAAGCUCGUCAAGCGCGCCCAGAAUGACUUGGCCGCUUUUUCUGAGGAAUGGAGAAGCUUAGAGGAACGCAAAAAAUGGGUAGCUCUUGAGCUGUCCGAGCGAGAAAGGGAAGUAGAUGAUCUGCGUUCCGACUUUGAAAGGUUGCAGGUCUUCUCCGACCUUGUUUCACAAGAGGUGACCUCGGCCUCUGAAUGGGAGCAAGUUGUCGGCUGCUUGCACAAGGCGGUACAUUUAGGGUCUGCAACACCGGAAAUGGCUGAUAUCGUGGUUGCCGUGGUCAACCCCUUUAUCCGAGACUCGAACUGGGACCCGCUGGAAGAACCAGCCAGAUUCGCGACCGACCUUGAAGGUCUUGGGCCUUUGCUAUUGACGACACCCAACGAGAGACGCUCGGUCAGCAAAUGGGAGUCGUCGGCGGUUGAUGCCGACGGUGUGUACAGGACCCAUCACAAAGCAACGACUGCGUACGAAAGCAUGAUGUACAAGACUUGGCUACCCAAGGUCCUGACCGCAAUCCGCAAAUGGGAUCCGUUGGAACCGGCACCAAUGCUCAACAUUGCAGAGCGGUGGGACGCCUUCCUGCCCCCAUUCGUGCGUGCUCAGCUGAUAGACAAUGUUGUGCGCCGGCUUGAGAGUACGCUUUCGAAUUGGCAUCCCAAGCAGCAGCGUCAGAAUCACCAGCUACCUCACACCUGGCUUUUCCCAUGGCUACAAUAUCUACCCCCCUACCAUCUUGACCCCAAGGGCACUGGUCUGGUAGCUGAGGUCAGGCGGAAAUUCCGUCAACUCAUUGACGCGUGGGAAUUCAAGAACGGCGUCGUUCCUGGGUUGACCCAGUGGGAGACAGUACUAGGCGAACAGUGGCGUUCACUAAUCAUGUCACACGUUCUGCCAGCCAUGAGCAAAUACCUGCGGCGCCAUUUUCGCGUCGACCCGGCCGACCAAGAGCCGUAUCUGAAGUACUUGACCGGUGUGUUCAAGUGGCAGGGCAUUCUGGGCACUAAAGUUGUCGCCGAAGUCUUGGUACAAAGCAUCUUCCCCAUGUGGAACGCAAAGCUUGCAGAAUGGGUUGCAUUGGCCGAAGCAGAUCUCACCGAGGUGGCAGAGUGGUACACCUGGUGGAGGGAUGGACUGCUGAAGGACUAUACUGCAAGCGAGGCUGUUUGUGGAGAGCUGGACAAGGGUUUGAGAACGAUGAAUGCCUUCUAGUUAGUCAAGCAGCAGACGACAGUCCGCGUUGCUGAAUACGAAGAACCGACUUUUGGACAUAUUGGUGUCACACUGCAGCUUCAUACGGGCUAAAAACCCGAUGACCGAUUUUGGCGAACUUUGCGAGCAACCGUUACAACCUACAUCGCUGCUACAUAUGUCGGGCUGAACUAUCAAGACAAAAAAUUCAAACAGCAUGUGGGAAUACAGGCGUGAUGAACCCACCCAGCGCAUCAAGGCAUUCUGCGCGCACUUCAUCAAGGUACAGGACACGGUGAGGCCAUCAUAAGAACAAGUAUCACCAAUUACCUAAUUGGUGGUCUGCAUAGGAGCGCCGGCUCUGUAUAUGGCCAUCUCACGAGGGCCGUUGUGGCCGUUGGCUGCAUAUCAGCUGAGCCCAAGCACGACAAGAAGAAGAAGGAGGGUCAUGCGUACUCUGAAAGUGUAUAAAGCU